AUGAAUCUGGGGCAGGGCCAAAGGAUGACUGCUUCCUGGGUGCUUCUCGACAGACGAACCGGGAGAAACGAACCCCCGGGACAGAAGGAGCAGCCCGAGCAGUCCAGCCUCUGGCGCCGGGUCCCGCAGCGGGAUCACGCGGGAGCACCUGCCUCUUUCCCCGGGAGCUGCCGCGGCCCCCUGUGCCGAGACAUCUCGGACCGGGUAGUUCUUCACUGUGGGGAGCGGGGCCAUCCUGUGCGCGUAGAUGCGCGCAGCAUCUCUGGUCUCCACCCACUAGAUGCCACUGGCGCCUUCCACUCCCAGCUGUGA